AUGGCGGAUUUGGGGGGCCAGCGUAACCGGAACCACCGGCCUUAUGGCGCGGCCUCAUCCACACAGCGAGAUGCUGCGUAUUCUGACAUCUUUGGAGGCACGCCACCACCAGGACGCUCUCAGACUAUGACUUCACAGACUCCCCAGCUUCCUCAGGGUCGUGCUCACACUAUGUCGUCGCAAGUGCCGCAGCCCCAGUUUCAUCGGCCGCCGCCCCCGCCAACACGACAAAUGCCCAACGGGUAUGGACCACCGCCAUCUGCGCCGCCAAUGAAUGGAUACGCACCUGCACCACCCACUCCCACUGGCUACCAGGCAUAUAAUCCAACAGGCGCGCCCAUGGCUUCACAGCCGCAGGCGCGACAGCCAUACCAAGGACGCCCCGUGUACCCUCGACCCCAUCGCGUGGACUCUAGACAGGGACCGGCGCCACAGUACCCCGACCCUCGUGAUUUCAGCCGCCCUAUGCCUCCACCCGCCUUGAACUCCGAUGCCGGAAGAUCACGCUCGAUGGCCAAGUUGACUGGACCGUUUCAGCAGGCCCCGCCCACGCCGAGCAAUUUCAAUCAUACAUCGGCGAUCGCUUCUCGCCGGGAGCCAUACCAUGCUGGCGCCCCGACAAUGACUCAACUAGGCCGGCCAGUCCCAGAAAGACAUGCAAGUGAGCGAGCCAUGUCGAUGACCAGCUAUGCGUCGGCGCCAGAUCAUGCCCACAUCAUGGGUAGUGGUCGACAAAUCCCCCAUAGACGACCGCCAUCUGGUCAUGAACAAGCGGCACCGCCAAGAUUUGAUUCCAUGCCAACAAAUGUCGGCGAAGGGUACAUGAAUUCUCGCCCGCCUAGUGAUGCUUCAACGCGAUCUCGUACCAUGUCUAUGGCUUCCACUAUUAUCCCUGAUCGCACAAUGAGCGUUCAAAGCCAAACAGCCCCACCAUCCGGGCCAUUGCAGGUCACAAGUGGCUCUCAACGCAGAGUCCCUGUGGUUUACCCCGCUCUGCUUUCUCGGGUUGCUGAUGUGUUCAGGGAGAAGAUCACUCUCGGCGAACGCCAAAAGAAUGCCUUAUCGUACCAGAAUGCCUUUUCCGGUACAGAUGCCGUGGACUUGAUUGGUUCGAUCGUCAGAACAAAUGAUCGCAACCUUGCCCUUCUUUUGGGUCGUGCGCUAGAUGCUCAGAAGUUUUUCCACGAUGUUACUUACGAUCAUCGUCUUCGAGAUGCCCCCGGUGAGGUGUAUCAAUUCAAGGAGACGAUGGGAGAAGAUACUCUAAGCUCGGAGGUGAAUGGUGUGUUUACCCUCCUCACCGAGUGUUACUCUCCAACUUGUAAUCGAGACAGUCUUUGCUAUUCUAUUGCCUGUCCACGGCGACUGGAACAGCAGGCCAGGCUAAACCUGAAGCCUCAGCCGGUAUUGAACACCUCUGGCUCUAGAGGCAGUCUGCACAUCGACGAUGAUGAUGACAAUGACAACCAAAAACUCUGGAUCAACAUGGUUCCAAAGGAGGUGUCUGACACUUUGGAUGACCGUGAGAAGAAGCGGCAAGAGAUUAUUUUUGAGAUUAUGUAUACCGAACGCGAUUUCGUCAAGGAUCUGGAAUACUUGCGAGAUUUCUGGAUGCGACCCCUGCGUGCUGCAGGUCCGAACCAAACGUCCCCCAUUCCGGAGCACCGGCGAGAAAAGUUUAUUCGAACUGUGUUUGGAAAUUGCUUGGAAGUUCUGAAGGUCAAUGGUGGCCUGUGUGAAGCCUUGAACGCACGGCAAAAGGAGAGCCACAUUGUUCAAACCGUUGGUGAUCUUUUCCUUCAACACGUGCCUCGAUUCGAUCCUUUCAUCAAAUAUGGUGCCAAUCAGCUUUACGGAAAGUAUGAAUUUGAAAAGGAAAAGGCAUCAAAUCAGCCAUUUUCUAAAUUUGUUGAUGACACCGAGCGUCUUAAGGAGUCCCGAAAGCUGGAGUUGAAUGGUUACCUCACCAAACCCACAACUCGUCUGGCUCGAUACCCCCUCCUUCUUGAGUCGGUCUUGAAACAUACCGCGGAUGACAACCCGGAUAAGAAAGACAUUCCCGAGGCUGUGAAGAUGAUCAAGAGUUUCUUGUCCCGUGUAAACACUGAAAGUGGUAAAGCUGAAAAUCAUUUCAACCUGGUGCAGCUGAAUGCUGCACUAAAGUUUGGCCCUGGCGACUAUGUGGACUUGAAACUCACAGAGGAAAAUCGUCAAAUGCUCUCGAAGAUGGCAUUCAAGAAGACCACUGCCGAGAGUUCAGAAGUCACCGCUUAUCUAUUUGAUCACGCAGUUCUUCUUGUUCGCAUCAAAAUUGUGAACAAGCGGGAAGAGUACCGAGUUUACAAGAAGCCCAUCCCUCUUGAGCUACUGGUGAUUGCUCAGAUGGAUGAAGUUGUUCCACGUCUGGGAAUUGCGAAACGCCCCUCAUCUAGCCUGUUGCCCAACAAAGCCGCGCCAAACCCCCCUCCUGCCAAGGAUGGUGGCUUGCCAAUCACAUUCAGGCAUCUCGGAAAGGGAGGCUACGAACAGACACUGUAUGCCACAUCGCCAACUCAGAGACGGAAGUUCAUCGAAAUGGUGGAAGAACAACAGAGAAAGCUUUGGGAGCGAAAUAGCAACUUUUACAACAAGACAGUCCUCUGCGAGAAUUUCUUCUCUGCUAUCAACCGUGUCAAUUGUCUUGUCCCAGUUGAUGGAGGUCGGAAGUUGGUCUAUGGUACUGACAGCGGUAUCUACCUAUCUGAUCGCUGGCCUAAGGAGAAAUCGGCCAAACCUCGUCGCGUUCUGGAGGCCAGCCAGGUUACGCAAAUCGACAUCUUGGAAGAGUAUCAGUUGCUCUUGGUAUUGGCAAAUAAGACUCUAUCAUCCUAUCCCAUGGAAGCUCUUGAGUUGACCGAGGGUCAGAAUGCCAUGGCCAAGCGCCCGAAAAAGAUCCAGGGCCAUGCAAACUUCUUCAAAGCAGGUAUUGGUCUCGGGCGACACCUUGUUUGCUCAGUCAAGACUUCGGCUUUGUCCAGCACUAUCAAGGUUUACGAACCAAUGGAUAACUUGGCAAAGGGAAAGAAGAAAUCCGCCGUGAGCAAAAUGUUCCAAAGUGGCCAGGAUACAUUGAAGCCUUUCAAGGAAUAUUAUAUCCCAGCUGAAUCUUCGUCAAUCCAUUUCCUGCGUUCAACUUUAUGUGUUGGUUGCGCGCGUGGUUUUGAGGUUGUCAGUCUCGAGACUACGGAGACCCAGUCCCUGUUGGAUCAAGCCGAUACCUCCCUUGACUUCGUUGCACGCAAGGAAAACGUGAAGCCUAUCCACAUUGAACGCAUGAACGGAGAGUUCCUGCUGAAUUAUAGUGAUUUCUCGUUCUUUGUCAACCGCAAUGGAUGGCGAGCUCGUCCGGACUGGAGAAUCUCUUGGGAGGGCAACCCGAAUGCAUUCGCACUCUCUUACCCAUACAUCCUGGCAUUUGAGCCCAACUUUGUUGAGAUCCGACAUGUUGAAACAAGUGAAUUGAUUCACAUCAUGACUGGGAGAAACAUCCGGAUGCUACAUUCUUCCACCAGAGAAAUCAUCUAUGCAUAUGAAGACGAGAAAGGCGAAGACGUGGUUGCCAGCUUGGACUUUUGGAGCAAGCCUCAGCAGGUUUAA